GCUCAGGGCGAGGUCAGGUGCGCAGGGAUUGCCACGAUCAGGCUUCUCCCCGAGAAACCCGGCCUCACCUCGGGCUCAGCAACAGAGGGGAGAUUCCUUCCCAUCCGCCUGCAGCGUGGGCAGGGACACUGCCAUCGCUGACCAUGUCGCUGGACGCUAUUCCAUGUGCUAGCACGAGAAGUCUGCCCACCAAGAGCAGCAGCGUGAGGAGGUUUUCAUUCCCUACCCACCUUUGGAAGGAGCUCACUAUGACAGGGCAGAGUCUGAGGACUUUAUCUGAAGCGAAUUUUGAAGACAAUGAAAUCAGCAUCAACGUUGGAGGCUUUAAGAAAAAGAUGAGAUCCAACACAUUAUUAAGGUUCCCUGAGACCAGGCUGGGCAAAUUGCUGAGCUGCCACUCAAAGGAGUCGAUACUGGAGCUUUGUGAUGACUAUGAUGACACCAAGAAUGAAUUUUAUUUUGAUAGGAACCCCGAGCUCUUUCCUUACGUGCUACAUUUUUAUAACACUGGCAAGCUCCAUGUGAUGGGUGAACUCUGUGUGUUUUCUUUCAGCCAGGAGAUUGAAUACUGGGGAAUCAAUGAAUUCUUUAUAGACUCCUGCUGCAGUUAUAGCUACCAUGGGAGGAAAAUGGAGCCAGACCAAGAGAAAUGGGAGGAACAAAGUGACCAGGAAAGUACGACAUCUUCUUUUGAUGAGAUUUUGGCAUUCUACAACGAUGCCUCUAAAUUUGACAAACAGCCCUUUGGAAACAUCAGGAGGCAGCUCUGGCUUGCUUUGGAUAAUCCUGGGUACUCAGUUUUAAGCCGCAUCUUCAGUGUGCUUUCAAUAGUGGUGGUGCUGGGCUCCAUUGUGACCAUGUGCCUGAACAGCCUCCCAGACUUUCAGAUUGUUGAUAGCAAUGGGAACCCUGAGGAAGACCCUCGCUUUGAAAUCGUGGAACAUUUUGGUAUUGCAUGGUUCACUUUUGAACUGGUGGCGAGAUUUGCAGUAGCUCCUGACUUUUUAAAAUUUUUCAAGCAUGCCCUGAAUUUGAUUGACCUUAUGUCUAUACUUCCAUUUUAUAUUACAUUAAUUGUCAACUUGGUGGUGGAAAGUAGUCCGACUUUAGCAAAUUUAGGCAGAGUUGCACAAGUCCUGAGACUCAUGAGGAUCUUCCGCAUAUUAAAGCUUGCUAGACACUCCACAGGUCUCAGGUCUCUCGGAGCCACCCUGAAGUAUAGCUACAGAGAGGUAGGGCUUCUUCUUCUCUACCUCUCUGUUGGCAUUUCCAUUUUCUCAGUAGUGGCUUACACCAUUGAGAAAGAAGAGAAUGAGGAGUUAGCCACUAUCCCUGCUUGUUGGUGGUGGGCCACUGUUAGCAUGACCACAGUUGGCUACGGGGAUGUGGUGCCAGGGAGCACUGCUGGCAAAUUGACGGCAUCUGCAUGCAUCCUAGCUGGUAUCCUAGUGGUAGUGCUUCCCAUUACACUCAUCUUUAAUAAAUUCUCCCACUUCUAUAGGCGUCAGAAGCAGUUAGAGAGUGCCAUGAGAAGCUGUGAUUUUGGUGAUGGCAUGAAAGAAGUUCCAUCUGUCAACUUAAGGGACUACUAUGCUUAUAAAGUCAAAUCCCUUAUGGCCAGUCUGACCAAUAUGAGCAGGAGUACCCCCAGUGAGUUGAGUCUGAAUGAUUCACUGCAUUAGUGUACAAGUCUGACAGCAGUUUGCAUGAGAGCUAUCAAGAGCUAUGUUUAUAAAUGUUUUUCUAUUUGUCUCUUUUUUUUUCCCUAGAAGAUAGUGUUGCUGACACUGCACUUUGCACUUGAGAAACUAAAGACAUUUCUAUUACAAGUUAACAGUUUGCACAUUUUCAUCCAGUUUCAUAAGUACUAAAUGCUGACUUUUCCAUACAAGUGUUACCACUUCCAUGACAUUAGUGCUAGUGCUAUAGUGAUGAUCUUUUCUCAUCUGAGCAGAGAAAGGAAUGUACCCAAGUGGAAUAAAAAUUCUCAGCUGCAACACGAGUAAUGAAAAA